AUGGGUUCAUACUUUCAUUCAUCUGAUUAUUGUUAUGAUAUUGUAUCACCAAUUUAUUAUAAAGAAAACCGAUCUUCUUCGGGAGUACUUGUAAAUCUCACCAACGAAAACAUCGAAUCUUUGAAGUAUUUCUGUGAUGAAAAACUUCAUGUGGAAGUUGAAGACAAGUACAACGAGCCUGUGGCGUGGAUUGGGAUCUACAUCUCAAUAGCAUCAUUAUUCUGCAUUGUCGCCAUGGCAGCCGAUUUGUGGAAUGGUUUCCGAAAAAGAAAAUAUUGUUUUCCAUGUAAAUAUUUCUCUCUCAAUGCUGUUUCCAUCACAAUGAUAGCUGUAGCAGUGAAACUCCCCAUGGAUUUGAAUAGUCCAAUGGGAGGUUAUGUUGAUCAGUUAGCUAAGCAAGGAAGCUUGAUCUUUAUGUGCGUGAUGAUAGCCAACUUGAUUCCAUCUUUGGCCUCUAUGGACAACAAGGCACUCUUUGCAAAUGUCAUAGGUUUGGCUAUUCUCAUUAUCACCAUGAUUGUUAAUGUUUACAUGCAGAUUAAUACCGGGGUUAUUGAGCAUAAAGUUUUCAGUCUUAGGAUAGGUAAGUACACUUUUAUAAAGCCUCACUUCAUGAACGUAGCAUACAUCUAUGUGGCUAUGUUGCUCUUUUUUCUAGUAAUUUUGAUCUCGUCUGCUAUAAUUGUUCCAACCUCUAAGCAAAUUUUACAACUCAAGUAUCAAGCCACUAUGAAAACAACUUUAAAUGAUCAAUAUCCAAACGAAACAUUUGCUAUUGAGAAGCUACGAGAGCAUAUGAAAAGAUACUGGAUCAUGGCAGAAACGGGUAGCCCACAAUUUGUGAUGGCUAAUAAUCCAUUAUCAUUUGCUUCUGGUGUAAUUUGUGUAAUUGGUCUAGUCAUAUAUAUAAAUCUACUCUCGUCAAUUUUUAUGACACCAAUUCUGUUAAGAUACCAAUCGGAUUAUAAGUGGUCAGUGAUUGCCAUUGUUACCACACAGUCCAUUGGAGUUAUGGUGGGAGUCAUUGCUCCAAUAUUUAGAUGUUCUACAGUCUUGAGCUUCAAAUCUUUUUCUAGGUGGAAUAGGAAUCAUUUGGAUGUCUUUAAAGUAGAGACGUAUUGGAUUAAAGAGUUGUGUGAAUGGAAAGAAAGUCAUAUAACCUUUCUAUCAAAUGGUCGUAGAUCAAGAAGGCUUAUGCGUAUAUUGAAAAACCUCGUUCUAAUCCCUUCCAUCGGAUUUCAGAAGACAGUUGUGGUAAGUUGCAAAAUUAUAGGGCUCAUCCCUGUUCUGGUUCUACUCAUAUUCAUGUGUUGUUCAUAUUAUUUUAUGUCAUUGAAAGAGAUGAUCUUUAGUCCACCCUCAAGCAGCAGUGAUGAUAUAGGCGAAUUUGAAGAACUUAGCAAUUAUGUUUUGUUUUUGGAAGACAAUAUGGAGCUUUCUGAAAGAACAUUUAAACGAAUUUCAAACUCCAUCAAUCACUUGAUUGAAAAGGCUGAGAAAGAACAAGACAACAAUCUUGUUAAGUUUCUUGAAAAAUCUAUUGGCCGAUUUGAGGGAGUAGAGAAAUUCGAUAUUUAUGAAGUUCAACCACUGCUUUCUAUUAAACUUCCUAACAGUUGGAGCUUACCAAUAGUAACCUUAACGUGCAUCGCCAUCGCACUUCCAAAUAUUGGUAAGGAUGCAACUAACAGGUUGAUCAAAUGUGUUGGUGAAGGUCUUUUUUACACCCGUGUUGUUGAGGAAAACUUGAACAAUGGAUGUAAGUAUGUAAACAUUCAAAAGGCAACUAUGACAUUGUGGGAUGAGGUAGAAGACAACCACAAGUGGUUAGGGAAAACUUUGGAAAAAAACGCUUACAAAGGAAAAACAUCAAGAGAGAUUCUUGAAUGGUUUGCUCACAAAGCAGAAGAAAUUGUGAUAGAAGUUAGCAAAAGCACAAAUGGAGAAGAACCGGUGGAAUACCUUCCACGGAAGUUGAUUGUUGCUAAUUCAAUGUACCGAAUUGCACAUUCAAUCAUGCUUACCUACCAAAGUAACAUCUUAGGGAUCACUGAAGAACAGUUGUUUGCUCUAUUAUCUCACAUGAUUGCAGACAUAUUGGUUGCUUGCUUCACCAACAUACCACAAGUCAUAACAAUGAAAUGCCAUGAAAGUGCAAUAGAGAAACGGGAGGCUAGUGUUGAGGCUGCAGCUAAGCUUCUUGGUAGGACUACUAAGAUAAUAAAAAGGCUUGAAAUGCAUCAACUACCAAACAUUGAUCAUGAAAAGAUAGCAUAUAUUGAUGAAUGGCGUUUUCAUUUGCAGUGUAUCCCUUAG